AUGCUUAUUGCUUCAGUGCUCUUCUGCUAUAUACCAUAUCGUCGAUUGGCUAUUAUCAAAGAAAAACUUGAAAAUAUAAGUGGUACUCACGUUCGUUACGUGAAUCUAAUAAAGCAUUUGUUAAAUAUGACAAAUUGCAAGCAAAUAUCCUGGAGCACAUGGGAUCAAUGUACUGCUAAACAACAAAAUAUAACACGUCAACGUGAGCUAUCAUUUGCAGAUUGUCAAUUAAUAUACGAGAAUAUAUCAUGUGAUUGUAGUGAUAAUUUAAUUGAGAAUAUUCAAGAAAUUGAUGAAAAUUCCUAUGUUCGUUAUGGAUGUAUUCCAGGAUCUAAUCAACAAUUAGCAAUGUUAUCAAUUAAUGCAACAAUUGUUAAUGUUAGCAUCAAAAAUUUAUCAGGAAUAAUCUUUGAACCAUGUAUUAUAAAUCAUUGA